AUGCUAAAACAGCUUUUCCAAGAUCCUUUACUUUCAGAUUUAACUAAAUACAUUAAUGAAGAUAAAAGUAGUCAAACAAUACUCAAUAAGAGCACGAAUAAGAAUGCCACUAAUACAAUAGAUGAUAGUUCUUUGACUGCUGCGAUAAAUUCAUUAACACUUGAACAAGUCGAUACGCUUAUCGCGUUAGAACUGGGUACCGCUUUUGAGAUUACCAUUCAAAGAGGUGGGCUGGAAUCAUUAAGACAAAAAUUGUUAGAAGAUAAAGCUAGAAUUCAAGAGAUUGGUAUUCGUAGUGGAAGUAUUUUAAAGUUCUCAAGAUAUACCACGAAAAUAACGGUUGCCAACCACGAAGGAAAGCGAACACAAAAGGUUGCUAACCACGAAGGAAAGCGAAAACUCGCUGACCACAAAGAUAGCGAAACAAAAAUGCUAACCACGAAGAAAAGCGAACACAAAAAGUUGCUAAACCACGAAGGAAAGCGAAAACUUGCUGACCACGAAGUUAGCUAA